UCUCCCCGGGAUCCCCCCUGGCUGGCAGCGGGGCUGGGGGUCCCAGCUGUGCCCCUCUCUCUACCGCAGGUCCAGGUGCUGGCCGGGAAGGACGCGGGGAAGCAGGGGAUGGUCACCCAGGUGGUGCAAGCCCGUAACUGGGUGGUGGUGGAAGGACUGAACACGCACUAUCGCUACAUCAACCGCACAGCCAAGUACUCUGGGACCUACAUCAGCAGCGAGGCACCGCUGCUGCUCAGCCAGAUCUGCCUGGUGGACCCCGAGGACCGGAAGCCGACGGAGGUGGAGUGGCGCUACACGGAGGAGGGCGAGCGCGUCCGCGUGUCGCUGCGCAGCGGCCGCAUCCUGCCCGUGCCCCCCCAGCCACGCCAGGACGGCGUCGUCCCCGAGCAGUGGGUGGAUGGCCCCAAGGACACAUCAGAGGAGGAUGCGCUGGCCAAGACGUACCGGCCAUCCCUGAAGACCUUCGAGGAGGAGAUCAUGGAUGCCAUGGGGAUCGUGGAGACACGCCGGGCCAAGAAAUCCUACUGGUAUUAACUGGAGGAGCUGGAAACCUCCACAAGCUGGGCUCUGCAAUAAGCACCUCCCUUGAUUUUUUGUGUUAGUAGCGUGCAGUGUUUUUGGAGCAGCACUGACUCACUCACACCCAAA